AUGGAGAAUUUGAUGGUUGGAGUAAUGUCAUCCGAGAGUUCCAGAAAUCCAGUAGGAUUCAUAAGUGCAGGAGAGGAUUUCCAUUGCAGCGUUGUACGGAUUCCUACGGUUCUGUCGUUACUUCUGGUGAGACUUGAUUCUGAUUGCAGCCACUCUGUUCACCAAUCUCGGAUCGUCAAUAAGCACAGAGUCGAAAAACAGUGGAAACAGGCGUGA